AUGAACUGUUCAUGGCCAUUGCCAUCGAACGCGACGAGGACGCAGACGCUCCGUUUCCAAAUUAAGAAAUUCGUAGCGGUCCUCAGCGCUUCCGUGAUCACGUUUCCGCUGAUGUACUCGGUGUACGUAAACCGGAACGACAAGAUCAUCCUGACGAAGGUGGUUUGCUUCGCCGACGCUAUCGUGCACCUCUUCGUCCAGAUGUUCUUCAGCACCAUACACCAUGAUCGGAUUCAGGCAUUGGUGGAACAGGUGCAAGAGUACUGUGCGAAUGCGAAACCGUACGAGAAACGCAUUCUGCAACGAUACUUGGAUAAGUAUUCGAUGCCUUACGGAGUGACUGCAUCAUGGUUUUACUUGACUCCGACGUUCUUCUUCGUCGGAACUCUGUUUAUAGCUCAGCCUUUCCCGAUAGACGCGGAGUACCCGUUCCCCGUCGACUACGAGCCCUUGAGAUCGGCCAUUUUUUUACAUCACGGUUUUGUCUGUCUGCAGUGCACUUCGAUCGUGUGCAACAACAUGUUCGCCGCGCUGUUGAUAUUUUUCGCGGCGGCGCGAUUCGAGAUGGUGAUGGAGGAGUUCCGAGCGGUGGAGAGUAUGGAAACGUUGAUACAGGCGUUGCAAAAGUAUUAUCGAGUCAAAAGCUUCGCGCGGGAAGUCGUUAGCGUAAUGCAAUAUACAGCUAUUGCCACGACGAUUCUGGCCACUUUGCCGCUCGUGCUCUGCGGUCUCAAUAUUAUCGGUCGACAACCGGCGAUGGUGAAAGUGCAGUUCGCGUUCAUGGCUGGGAUUGCAAUUUUGGAGGUUUUCAUGGUCGCGUGGCCGGCUGAUGAUCUGUUAGAAGCGAGCGAGAAAGCUGUCCAAAGUCUCUUCGAAUCACCGUGGUACAACAAUUUAGUGAAGUUGCAAAAAGCCGUACUGUUCUCGUUAGUGCCACAGAAACCGGUAUUUAUCAGUUGCUUCUACAUCAUUCCAGUCCUCUCGUUGAGAUAUUUUUGCUCGUACGUCUCGAAUGCACUUUCCAUCUUCACUGCAUUGCGACUCGUAGUGAAUGAUGAUUAG